AUGGACCUGUGCCACGUCCCCACUGCCCGAGAGAAGGGCUGGUACCUGGUGCUGAUGGCCCCCAACGUCAAGGGUCCCAACUACGCCUGGCUGGACCCCUCCCGGCUCUACUGUCACCCGCAAGGCCUGCAGGACUGUGUGGCUGACCUGCUGCAGCCCUUCCAGGGAGACCCCAUCGACAUGGUAGCUGGUAUCGAUGCCAUGGGCUUCAUCCUGGGUGCUGCUGUUGCCACCGUGCUACGGAAAGGCUUUCUGGCCAUCCGCAAAGCCGGGCACCUCUGCGUGCAGACGGUGACGCAGCCCUACACCGACUACUCGGGCCGAGAGAAGGUGAUGGAGGUCCGCACCGAUGCCAUCUCGCCAGGUCUGCGCAUCCUCCUUGUGGACCAGUGGGUGGAAACUGGAGGCACCAUGCGAGCAGCCAUCCAGCUGGUGGAGCGGCUGGGGGGGGUCGUGGCAGGUGUCACCGCCAUCUGCAUCGAGGACAGCGAGGGCGGGCGGUGGAUCCGGGAGAGAUACAAGUGUGCCCACUGCGUCCCCCCUGGCCUGCAGCCCCACUUCGACCGCCACCAGUUUGGCUGGGACUGA